AACAUUUCCGACGUUUCUCAUGCAGGGCAUGGCAUGUUUUGAAACAUUAUAUCCUUCGGCAUUCCCAGUGCGAUACAUUAUUUUGGUGCCUUCAAAUUCGAUUCUAGAGUUUUUAUACCGUAAUGUUGUCCAACAGUACAGAUGAUGAUGCACACGACAAAUUGGUACAGGAAAAGUUGGUAUCGUUUUGUAAACUACUCGAUUCCAACUACAGACAAAUCAAACAGCUGAUCGGCCCGGAACGAGCGAAUGUGGACAAAACGUUGGUGAAAGCAUCCCGCUACGAGUUGUUGGAAAAGAGUGGCAUCAGUACAACCAGCAAAGUGUACACGGAGGAUCAGAUUGAGAAAAUACUAACCGAGUGCUUGAAUGAAAUCAACGAACGAUUGAUUGCAACUGGUAGAUUGGUCUCGACAUUGGAUGAUGACUACGAAAAGCUUCUUCAAUCCUAUCGUGAACUAGAUGAAGCUAGCCGCACACUGAACUGGUCCCGAACUGAUAGUCCACUAAUAUCCGGUACGAGUACACAAAAAGGACUCGAGUACUACCUUCAGGAAGGGUACUUAGCUGUGCAACAAUUAAAUCUGGUAGUUAUACAAGUAAAGUUCACUUUUAACGCCGUGGACAUGCUGGAUAAAGCGAGUAUUGAGCGAUUUCGGGACUGUCUCAAAAUGUCCGAAGAGUUGGAUGCUUACUUGCAAGAAUUUGUCGCUUAUACAGUUUUUAUAGUAAAAUAAUUUUGCAAUAAAUCGUGAAAAGGCCAGUAACAGUGGAAAACAAUUUUUUGUUCUGCAAAUAGCAGAAACUGAACUGCCGGGUGGUAAAAUUUUUCAACAUAAACUGUUAUGCACUGAUGAGUCAAAGACGAAACGUAAAGAAAAUUUAACAGUACUUACAUUCAAUCCUAGUGAAGAAACUCAUUGUUCAUGUAUUAUUUAAUGUAAUUCCUAAUUCAAUAUAACACUAUUUCCAGUGGAAACACACUCACUCACAAGAUCAAGGAAGUCAUCUUGAACCAAACAUGAAUAAUAUGGCAGAUAUCACUUAUCAAUUAGCUACCUUCAAAUAUAUCUCCAAAAAAAGUA